AUGGGAAAGUGCUGCAAAUGCAAUGGGAGACUGCUGUGCUUGUGCCUGCUUCCUUGUAUGAUGACUGGCCAUCUUUUAAUUUAUAUUGGGGUCUCCAUAUUCAUCACCAUUUCCUAUGCUCCUCCAAAAAUAAACCUGCACUAUAUUGCUACCGGGAUUUCUGCUAAUUCUUCAUCUUUGGCGUCCCAUCCACUUGGGCCUUUCUGGAACCUUCGUUUGGAAGACAGCGCACUGUGGAACCAAUUGCAGCAUGCUUGGGACCGUCAGCACAAUCCACUACUGAGAGGAAACACAACUCUGAUACAAAGGAAGCAAAGAGCUACAUUUUUAUCAGAGAUUAAGAGUGAAUGUCUUUCUGACAGCACAUCGGACAAGUGUUCCCUCCCUCACAUGCACAAUUUAAACAGCUUGCCUGAACAGAUUAGGGCAUUUAUCAGGUCAAUGUACUACAGGGAGUACCCUCUUCUUAUCAACCAACCUGGUAUGUGUAGGAAGAACAACAGUAGCUUUGAUCUGGACUCUCCCAUACUCCUCAUGGCUAUCAAAUCUCAGGUGGGGAACUUUGAAAAUAGGCAGGCAAUCCGUGAAACAUGGGGAUACAGUGGUCUGGUGAAAGGGGAAUCAAAUAAGAAAGAUGGACUAGUGCGCACACUCUUUCUUCUUGGAAGGCAGGACUCAAGUACAGGUCCUCACCCAGACCUCAAAAACCUCUUGGAGCUUGAGAACCUGAAGUAUGGAGAUAUUCUACAAUGGGACUUCAGAGAUACUUUUUAUAAUUUGACCCUAAAGGACUUGCUGUUCUGGCAGUGGUUCAAGAAGUACUGUCCCACUGCCAUUUUUGUUUUCAAAGGGGAUGAUGAUGUCUUUGUCAGAACAAAUACUCUUCUGGAUUACCUGCAUAAGGAGUGGGGGGAGCACAAACUACGAAAAGUCUUAACAAAUAAAAUGGACAUGGAUUUGUUUGUUGGGGACGUGAUUACUAAUGCAAUGCCAAACCGUGAGCCGUCCACUAAAUACUACAUACCAGAAAGUUUCUACAAAGGAGUGUAUCCACCCUAUGCUGGUGGAGGUGGGGUGGUGUAUUCUGGAUCACUUGCAUUGCGUUUGAAAGAGGUGUCUGAGAGGGUCCACCUUUUCCCAAUUGAUGAUGUGUAUCUUGGAAUGUGCCUGCACAGACUCGGGCUCUCUCCAACCCAUCACCCGGGCUUUUUAACGUUUGAUCUCCCAGCAGGAGACAGGGAAAAUCCGUGUGCAUACAGAUCUGUUCUGCUUGUUCACAAACGGAGUCCCAAGGAGAUGCUGACUCUGUGGAAAAAGCUCCAGAAUAUGCCUGGACAGUGCUGAAGCUCAUUUGCCAACCAAAUUGGAAUCAGUGAGUA